CCUCCUCCCGCUGCCCUCGGCCCGGAGCUCCCGCUGGCCGCCCCCCGAGGAUGCUCGGGCUCCGCUCGGCCCCCGAUGUCCCGGCGGCCGGCGAGCAGUAGAGCCCGGCGGGAGCCCCGGAGGGAGCGGAGCCGAGCCUGGCCCCGCACCUUCCGCGGGGAUCCGCGCCUUGGCGGGGGAGAGCGGCUGCUGGGCGGAAAGAACCCGAUGCUCUAGCAGCGCUGCAUCGCCGAGCCGAGCCCCGCCAUGGGCAGCGGGAUGUGCUCCAGGAGGCAGAAGGGGCUGCUGCAGACCGCCUUCUGCCUGCUCACCCUGGCCUGCCUGGCCUCCGGAGUUUUCCUCUACAACCACUUGCAGCAGAAGGUGCGGAGCGCCGAGGCGCUGGCGCAGAAAUACAAACAGCAGCAGGAAGCGCUGUCAGCCCAGCUCCAAGUGGUGUACGAGCACCGGUCCAGGCUGGAGAGAUCCCUGCAGAAGGAGAGGGGGGAGCACAAGAAGACCAAGGAAGAUUUUUUAGUGUACAAGUUGGAAGCUCAGGAAGCUCUCAACAAGGAGAAGGUGGGUGUGCUUUGCCCCAGAAUCCUGAUUUAUUCUUUAGCUCUGUCCAGCCUCUGUCCCAGGGCAGAUUUCACAAGGCAUCACUCUGACCCUUCUUUGCCUCCCCAGAACCAGCACGACGAUGUCAAGAAGCAGCUGCUGGACCUGCAGCUGCAGCACAACAGCCUCAAACUGGAGCACAGGAAGAGCCUGGAGAGCCAGAGCCAGAAACUGGCCCAGCUGCAGCAGGAGAAGGACAGCGAGGUCACCAACCUGCAGGACACGGUGUUUAAACUCAGAGAAGAGAGCAAGCUCCUCAGGAAGGCCCACCAGGAGGUUCACUCCCAGCUCCUCAAUGCUCAGGCCCAGAUGGAAGAGUUCAGGCAGCUCAAGGAAGCUCUGCAGAAGAUGCCAGGCUUGAGAGGAGGAGGAGGAGGAGGAGGAGGAGGAGGAGGAGGAAGGAAGGGGCAGCAGCCCCCGGUGCCAGCCAGCAGCCAGCUGCAGCCAGGGAUGCAGAAGGACGUGAAGAUGCUGAUGCACAUCCAGGUGAGGAGCCACCAGGCCAGCCAAGCUCCCGGGCUGGCCCUGCCUGUCCCGGGACAAACGCCCCUGGCACAGAAUCCCGCCGUGCCAGGCAGGCAGCGCCCAGCGGGCAGCAGAGAGGUGCCACGGCAAAGCUGGCAGGACCUGGCUGGCGGGAGGAAGGCCCAGGGGGCCGAGGAAGAGGCAGGAGACCACCCCGGGGUGCCCCCGGGUGCCCCCCGGGCCGGGCAGAGGGGGCAGAGGGGGCAGAGGGGCAGCCCCCGGCCCCCCGGCACAGGGGCAGAGCGGGCAGCAGAGAGGGCGGCCGAGGAGGAGCUGGAAAUGGAUGCAGGAGUCAUCGGCAGGGAGGAGCACUCUCAGCCCGCGCUCCAGGAGCCCAUGAUGCCAGAUGAUGCUGCAGAUCCUGCCCAGGACCCCAAUAACCAAGGCGAGGAUGAGUUUGAGGAGGCUGAGCUGGAGAGACCCGACUUUGAGGAGAAGGUGGGAGGCUUGGAGAAGUUGAAGGAGCCCAGCUUUAAAGAAGAGUCGAAGGAGAAGCCACCAAAGGUGACUGGCUGGGGACAACCAGCAGGGCUGUGUUUUUCAGGAUGCUGGCAGACCUGCCAAGCCCAGGGAAGACCCUCUGGAGGACUACCAAGAAGAUCAGGAGCAAGAAAUUGUACGACACCAAGGAGGAUCACGGAGCAGAGGCCGAUGACAACGAUGACCUGGAGCUCGUCCAAGAGCACAAGGACCGUGUGGGAAGGCAGGGUGGCAAGAAGGAUGACUACUUCUGAGAGCUGCUGGAAAAACGGGCUACUGCAGGAAGGAGGGGAUGGGAAUUCCUCCUGGGAGCUGCCUCCUGCACCAAGCACUGCCCAGAGCGAAGGCAGGAGGAGGGAACUCUCUGCAGCCCCUCGCAGGGGCUUGGCAGAUGAAAAUCCCACCUGGGUGUGGGGCCCCUGCUGCCUCUCAGAGAUCUCUCAGCCUGGGAAUGAUCUUAUCCUGCUGCUUUUCUUAGAAGCACUUUUUUGAUUUACUGCGUUCUUCGCCCUCCUGUUUUUCACAUCCCCUUUUGAAGCUGGAGAGGGCUUUUUUGGUUGGUUUUGGGGGGUGUUUUUUACCCCCCCUGUGCAGCAGAGGGGUGCCUGAGCUGGUCCCUGGACUCACUCGACUGAUCUCUAAUACAAAGGAAUGUGUCUUCAUAAAUGAUUUUGCUCAGUAGUGUUUCUUUAACACGUCCUUGGAGCAGGGUGGGGAGGGAAGCAGAGGAAAUUUCCUGUUCUUUGCCUGGAGCACCAAGCACGGCCAGCAGAGUGUGUGUGGGGGGGGAUGUGAACCCCUGCACCCCCUUCCUGCUGCAGAGACCCUCCAGAGACUUGGAGCAGAUCCUGGCAGAGCUCUCCUUGCCAGUCCUGCUGGGCUCAGAGUGUCCCCGUGCAAUGCUGUGCAUCUUCCCUGAGCUGAGAGAGCCUCUUCCCCGUGGGGAUGGGGACAGCCACACCAAGAAACGGGGAAAAAAGGAAUAUUUGCAGCCCAACGAAUGCGGUUCCAACCUGUCUGGAUUAUUUCCAGUUUCCCAACACUUGACAGGGACCUAAAGUCAAUUUUGCUUCUUCUAGACAGGUUUUGAUCAGCAAGCUGGGAAUUGUUGAUGGAGAAGAUUGAAUCCUGUGGGACUUGGCCUCCAAAAGACAUCUUACCCGACCUCAGGGACAAAGAAGGAACAGUCAGCUGGACCCCCUGGAAUUUAGAAUUAAAGGAGAAGGGGUUUAAUGAUGGUGUCUCGAUGCUCAGAACCUGUUUUAAGUGACGAGAACAGGGCAGAGCUGUCCCACUCCCUGUCCUGUGCCUGAGCUGUCUGUGCUUCCUCACCACCAGACUCUGGGACCUCAGUCAUCCAACACAGCUUGUGCCUGAAUGUCACCACCUGGUAAACAAAUCAGAGCAUCUUUGUUCUCUAUUUCAAUUAGUUAAGCUCUUUUUAAUCCCUUGUUUGUGGCAUAUUUUGCAAGCACUUUUAGACACUGGGGAAAACAAUAUUUAUUUCCCAACAAGCUCAGCCUUUUUUAUUCUGACAGCAUUGAUUUUUUUUUUUUGUUUUGUUUUGUUUUGUUUUUUUUCUUCCACUGGUUGUAAUGGAGCUUGAAAUUUACAUUUCAUGGGACUUUUUGGUUCUUUGUUUUGAUUCUGCUUGUGUUUCUUACCAGUACAAUCAGCUGUGCAAGUCCAACCCUGGCACAGAGCGGAGCAGAAUAAGGAAAGGGACAAUUUUAGGAAAUAAUCUUUUAGCCAAGUACCAGAGCUGCUCGUGGAGCCCAGUAAGGAGCUCACUACCAAACCCUAGUGGGGUUUAAGAUUCCCCAAAAUGCCCUGAGAUGGUUCAAGCUGCUCUGGUGCUUUGCCAGCCCUGCUGUGAUGCAGCUCCUCUAUGAAUAGCACGCUCACGGCGGAGCAGCUGAGGCUGCAGUUGCUUUUUCAGAGCAUCCCGAGCAGAUCUGCCUCCCUUUCCUGGGUCAGGGCAGCACCCCUGAACCCCCAGAGCUCCGUGCCCAAGCUGCCCCAGCUCAUCUCCCCCUGCUGCCCUCCCUCCCUGCUCUCCCCCAGCCUGGCACUGCUUCAGCCCCGACUGGAAGUGAACCAAGCCCUGGAAAUAGAAGCCCGGUGGGGGUGAGGCUGCUCACGGAUCCAGGCUGCAGGAGAAUCGAAAUUAGGAGGCAGAUCCUCUGUGUUUGCAUGGCUGGGGUGAGUAAUCCUCCGAGUUAUGACUUGGAGGGAACUGCAGCAGCUCAAGUGGAUGCAGAGCUCCCAGCUCGGAGGAUGCUUGAGGAACCAUAUGGCAUGUGCUGCCCUCGGCUGAGAGCAAACAUCUCUGCCCUGGGGACUGUCUGCCCUGGCCAUAUCUGAGACUAAAAUUAGCAGAGCGUUGCAUAAAUUGUGAGCUGUAAGGUUGGCAGUGCUUCGCUGCCUGGCCCACAGCGAGUUUUGAUGCUCCUUCACCGUCUCCUUGAGAAGAGACAAUAAAUGCAGUGGAGGAGAAGCAGAAAAGCCAAAGCCCCGUGGUGCUGGCUCUGGCUGGAGCAAAAAUCUGGGGUUCACAGCUCGGGGCAGAUCACAGGGGUGGGUUGGCCUGAGCAGCAGAAUGCUGAAGCAGUGCCAUGAAAAAGCCCAGGCUGGGUUUUAGUGCUCAGGAAACAGAUGGAUUGCUAAGAGACCAAACAAGGAGACCAAGAAUUCACAGGGAGCCAGCACGGCCAGGCUGAGCAAGCCAAAGCAUGUGGGUCUGCUUGGCUCUGGCAAAAAAUAUUUGGGUUUUUUUGGCUCAGACACAGCGCCAGGCCAAAAAAAAAAGCGCAGGAGGUGUAGUUAACUUGCAGCGUUGUCAUUUUUUGGAUGGGUUCACUGCUGUGCCAACCCUUUUCCUUCCUUGCACCACACUCCAGACCCUUGGAUGUCGCAGCAGAGCUCGGGCUGAGUUGUUAAUCACAAGAAAAGCCAGAGGCUGCUGCUGCCAGAUCUCCUCCCUGGCCGUGGCAAGGAGGACAGCUCUGGGAACAAUCACCGCCGGGAGGAGAAGGACACAAAGUCUGAAGGAGGAAAAAACUUGCUCGGUUUGGCUCCAGCCACUUGCUGAACGCGCUGACAUUUCUCAGGGAGGGCUGCCAGAUCUCCAGGUUUGUUUUUUUUUGCAUCCCGGCUGGAAUGCCACACAUAAAUUUGCCAAGAAGUGCCUUCAGCAGCACAGCACCUCUCCCUGCUCCAAUAUCCAAGUGUUUUCCAAGCCAUAACUGCACCUUCAGCAUCCUUUUCUAUGCUGAUCCUAAUUUUUUUAAUUGAUCCCUCUUGGUAUCAAAAAAAAAAAAAUUCCUGGCAAUUUUCCAUAGGUUAGCAGCCACCCCCGUUAAAUCUGGUGAAAAACUAAAUGUGGAAAUAACCUCCAAUGCUUGAUAUUGGUAAAUUAAAGACUUCCUUAGGAAGCAUACACUUGGAAAAUGCAGUUUUUCCAACAGGAAAAGGUGUCCUGCUGUCAGACCAUUCAUGUUCAAUGCAUCAGAAAGCAAAAUUAUUUAAACAAAUUCCACACUAUUACAAGUUACACUUUGUGUAUGUGCAAGCAUCACCUUCCAGGUAUGACUUGGGUUUGGUUUUAUUCAGGCUAUGAAAUAAAAAUAGUCCUCGGGAUCCUAUUUUUGUUGUAUUUUCGACUUACAUAAUUCAAAUUGUGUUUUGAAAGAAAACAUACACAGUUAACUGCAAUGUGUUUCUAAGCAGGUAACAAGUGAGGAGCUACAGCAAUGUGUUUAGGCACAUUUCUGAGGGGUUUAACAAAAUAAUAUGUUAAUUAUGCUGUUUUAAAAGCUAAAUAUAGACAAAUGCUUAUGUUUUGCUCUAAAAUCUGGACCACAACUUUAUGUAAAACCUGAUCAAAACCAAAAAAGAAACGUUGCUUUUUUUUUUUUUUUAUUCCCUGCUACUCAGGAAAGGACUUAAAGCCACUUUUACCAUUUCAACAGCUCGAAGGCUCUCCAAACACCGUUUAAUCCUGUAUUUUUGUUAUUCUUUCAUUAGAGCUCUUUUCUUUCCCCUUUUGGACAAGCGUGCCUCUCUCAAGGUCGUUGAGAUUUUAAUUACGGUGUGGAGCUGGGAUGGAGCGCUGCUGGCUCCUCCUGUGCUGCAGAAUCAGCUCCAGAGGCAGGGCUGAGGAAAUGGCAUUUGGGGUAAAUCAGGGAAAGGAAAAUCCUUGUUCCUCCUGUCUCAGGGCGUGCGCUAGACCCGGAGUUAGCCCUGCUCCCAGCUCACCUCCUGCGAGUGUCUUUAGCACAUCCUCGCCGAGUUUAUUGAAAUUCCCAAAGCCGAGAGGUUAAAGCGGCCUGGCUGGGCGGUUAGCACGGUGUUCGAGAGAAAAUAAAAGCCGUGGGAGCUGCGAUUCUUGGGGCAAGGUUUGCAUCAGCUGCGGGGGAGCUCCGGCACCUUCCCCAGCCCUGCCACGGACCGCAGCCCUGCUGGUGUCAGCCCCGGGGACAGAGGCACCUCCCGGCCAUCCCAGGCACGUUUUUGGGGGGUUUGAACCACCUAACGUGAGGAUUGCUGUGUUUCACAGGUUAAAUAUAGACAAAUGCCUAUGUUCUGCUAUAAAAAUUAAAACAGGACGCUGUUUUAAUAAAAAACCAUAUCAAAACCAA